AUGGUGAAACACUUGUUCUACUGUCCGAUGAGCCUGCUAGCCAUCGAAAUCUACCAUGCAUUAAAGUAUUCUCGUGCUGCGCAUCAAGUCCUCACGAACAUCCUAUGUUGCCUCAAUAACUCGGAGGUUCACCGAUUAAAGAAAGCCUACGCCGAUCAUUUGGAACAACAGUAUGGAUUAAGAGGCAAGUUUAUGUAUAUUUAUUGGUUCUAA